UUCUUGUUUAUUUGCUGUAUAAUUAUAUUUGAGCUUCAUUAUUUGCUUUCAAGGUUAAAUUGUCACUAUCACUGCCCAUAUUUUGCUGCAAUACUAUGUAUAUAGUCAGCAUCUGUAUUUUUUUUUUUUUUUGGGUAUUUUCUGUUUUUUGUGGUUUUUUUUUUCUUUUUUUCUUUUUUUCUUUUAAUCUGUAUAUAGGGACUAUUCUUUGCUAACUAAAUUCUGUUCUUUUGUCCAAUUCUUCAAGUUAGCAGGCACAUAUCGGUUUCUAAUAAACUGCUAGUAUAUGCUAUACUUUGAUGCUGUAAAUCUAAUCCUAUAUGCGUUUGUUAAGUAAAAUGAACAAGUAAACACAUUCCCAUGGUGAAUAAUUAUAGCAUUUUUAAUGAAAUUGCUUUAUUUAACAGUAGGAUGACAGCUAUAUUUAACAAUAGGAUAAUUGUCUUAAAAUUAGAAAAAAAAAUUAAAAAAAAAAAAAAACAAAAAACAAAAAGAAGAGUUAAAGUUUUGAUGUUAUCGUAACAGAUUGCUUGUUAUUUGAACAACCAUGUAGUAUAUAAUGUUCUCAAAAUGUUUUCUUUUUCACAAAAUUAAAGCUUUGUGAGAGAAUGGAGUUGAGAGUAGUAUUUUGUUGCUUCCUUGUACCAUGUUUUUCACUUUGUUUUGCUGAUAAUAUAGAAAUUACAAUUAGAGGAGAAACCUCAAUAGCCGAAACAGAUGACAAUUUUAUAUGUGCAACCUUGGACUGGUGGCCUAAUGAGAAAUGCGACUACAAUGAUUGUUCAUGGAUUGAAUCUGGCAUUCUCAAUAUGGAUUUGAAAAACAAGGUUUUGUCAAAUGCUAUCAAGGCAUUCAAUUCUCUUAGGAUCAGAGUUGGAGGUUCAUUGGAAGAUCAGGUAGUGUACGGUGUUGGAAAUGCAGCUCAAGAAGAUUGCCCUGAGUUCACAAAAACCAGUGGUCUAUUUGGAUUCAGCAAUGGUUGCCUUCCCCAGAAGAGAUGGGAUGAGCUCAAUCACUUAUUUAACGAAACAGGAGCAAAGAUGACCUUCGGGUUGAAUGCCCUCUAUGGAAGGAAACAAUCCCAAGAAGACAAAGUGCUUUGGGUAGGUAAAUGGAACCCUCAAAAUGCCCGUGAGCUUAUGGAGUACACUAUAUCAAAAGGAUACAUGAUUGACUCCUACGAACUUGGAAAUGAACUAUGUGGGUCUGGAAUCUCGGCAAGGGUGGAAAGUGAACAAUAUGGGAAGGAUAUGAUUGAGCUGAAGAAUCUAGUGAAAGAAUUGUACCCUGAUACCUCUAGAAGACCAAAGGUGUUAGGUCCUGGUGGUUUUUAUGAUGAAAAAUGGUUUAAUACCUUCCUACAGGUCUCGGGGCCAGAUGUGGUUGAUGGUUUGACACAUCACAUCUACAAUCUUGGUGCAGGUGUUGACCGCAAUCUUAUCAAUAAUAUUCAAGAUCCAUACUAUCUGAACCAGAUUGCACAGACAUAUGCUGAUGUCUCCAGGUCCAUCAAGGACUUUGGACCAUGGGCAGGCGCAUGGGUUGGGGAAUCAGGUGGAGCUUAUAAUAGCGGUGGCAAAAAUGUUUCACAUACCUUUGUUGAUGGUUUCUGGUAUUUGGACCAACUUGGCAUGACAUCAACCUUCAACCAUAAGGUUUUCUGCAGACAAACUUUAGUUGGAGGGAACUAUGGUCUUCUUAGUAAAGAAACAUUUAUCCCCAAUCCAGAUUAUUAUGGUGCACUUCUGUGGCAUCGCUUAAUGGGAAAGAAAGUGCUGUCUACUAAACACGAAGGCUCUCCAUAUUUACGAGCUUAUUCUCAUUGUUCAAGAAAUCAUCCUGGAGUUACCCUACUUUUGAUUAACAUGUCAAAUUCUACAUAUUUUGACGUCUCUGUUGAGAACGAUUUCAAUCUGUAUCCAGAGCAAGUUGCAAGGUCAAUACAAAGAGAAGAAUACCAUUUGACUCCAAAGGAUGGUGAUAUUCUAAGUGACGUGGUUGUACUGAAUGGAACACCUCUGAAGCUGACUGAUUCACUGGGCAUCCCUAAUUUGGAGCCUGUUCUUGUGGAUGGUUCAUCCUCAAUAAGGGUUGUGCCUGAUUCUUUUGUAUUUGUGGUUCUUAAGGAUUUUAAGGCUGCUACAUGUGCUUAGAGAUCCUUAUUUCUUUGGUUUAUUUGUAUCUGUAUAUAUCCAAGAACAAAUGCCAUACGUGCUGUUGUAAAAGAAUUCAAUUAAAUUUAAUGAAACUUGCAAGCACUCAAAUUUACUGUUAA